GACCCCUCCACGAAUAAGUCUGUUGUCAUACCCGCUCAACGACUUUAAAAGCAGGCCAGGAUGUGCCCAAAUUUCAUCAUCUCCUCCCCUUUCCUUUCCGAUUCAUACCACUCACCGAACCAUGCCCUCUCGCACCGACUCUCACCGUGCCAGUCUCCUAUCCUCCAGUUGCAAGUCUACGCUUAUGCCUGUUGCGAAUGGGCAUAUUGCGAACGGAGAAGUCGUCUCUGAACCUAUUCAGGAGACGCAGCCGACUUUGCUUUCAAAGUUUGUUCAAGCUCAUCGCGAGCUUGAAGGUUACAAGUCUGGGAAACCUAUUGUUGUAGAUGGUCAUAAUCUUUCUAUACCUGCCGUGACAGCGGCGGCCCGCUUUGGUGCCGCAGUUACGCUUGACGACUCAAAGCAACUCCGAGAACGAGUUGACAAGAGUCGCUCAGUAAUUGUAGCCAAGGUCAACUCGGAACGAAGUGUUUAUGGCGUCAGCACAGGUUUCGGUGGAAGUGGUGAGUGUCCCCGCUUUGUUGUUCAUUUCUGUGACUGUGUACAGCUAUACACCGCACGCACACCUCGACAGGAUUUUUUGACUGGAGUGCAGCGAGGAAUCAGUGUUCCGAUUUCUGUGUCUGUUUGUAGACGCUGGCGGUGAAUAUGCUCCAUUCAGGGAUUUAUAUAUCUCGCAUGGCCUGCAUAUAUGCACGCUUUGGGCGAAGGUCGAAGUCUCGUCGGCUGUGAAAGUAUUCACGACGUUGAGACAUCAUUUCCGACGUCUGGUGCUUUCUAUGAUCCGUUCUUCAUCUCUCACCGGCAUAUACCUGGGUCAUAGAUUCGUCCUGCUGUGGGAGCUGGUCUGACCAUCGUAUACGGCCGAUACUCGUACCAAUGAUCCAAUCACUCUCGGACACGCAUUGCUCCAACAUCAGCAAACUGGUAUUCUUCCUUCUGAUACUGCAUCAGCUUCUGCAGCGCUGCCUUUGUCGGAUCCCCUAGCAACGAGCAGUAUGCCUGAGUCCUGGGUUCGCGGUGCUAUCCUUGUUCGUAUCAACUCCCUUAUUCGUGGUCACUCCGGCGUCAGGUGGGAACUGAUCGAGAAGAUGGCUGACCUGCUCAGCGAAAAUAUCACUCCUCUUGUUCCUCUUCGAGGCAGUAUUUCCGCAUCAGGAGACCUGUCACCACUCUCUUACAUUGCCGGUACUCUCAUUGGUAACCCCUCCAUUCGCGUCUUUGACGGACCUGCAGUGUUCGGCGGGCGCAAUAUUGUUCCCUCCAACCAGGCGCUUGCAGCCCACGGCCUCCAUCCCAUUCCUCUUUCUUCAAAGGAACACCUCGGCAUUCUCAAUGGUACUGCUUUCUCCUCAUCGGUGGCCGCUCUUGCCUUGAAUGACGUCGUCCACCUCGCACUCCUUGCUCAAGUCUGCACGGCCAUGUGCACAGAAGCCAUGUUCGGCGCUCAGGGCUCCUUCCAUCCUUUCAUUCAUGCGAUCGCUCGUCCACAUCCUGGCCAGGUCGAGACGGCACAGAACAUUCAUGCCUUGCUCAUGGACACACAGUUCGCUGUGACUGUUGAAGAGGAGAAGCACAUUUCGGAUGACAUGGGUGAGCUCCGACAGGAUCGAUACCCUCUGCGAACUUCGGCACAGUUCUUGGGUCCCCAAAUCGAGGAUAUCCUCUCAGCGUUGUCUGCAGUCACGAUCGAGUGCAACUCGACUACUGACAACCCGCUCAUUGACGGCGAGACGGCUGAGGUUCACCACGGCGGUAACUUCCAGGCUAUGGCGAUCACGAACGCAAUGGAGAAGACCCGCCUCGCAUUGCACCACAUUGGCAAGCUCCUCUUCUCGCAAUCAACGGAGUUGAUGAACCCGGCAAUGAACCGCGGUCUGCCUCCAAGCUUGGCUGCCACGGACCCAUCGCUCAACUACCAUGCGAAGGGCAUCGACAUUCACACUGCGGCUUACGUCGGUGAACUUGGGUUCCUCGCAAACCCGGUGUCAACCCAUGUGCAAUCUGCGGAGAUGCACAACCAGGCUGUCAACUCUCUGGCAUUGAUCUCCGCCCGUGCGACCAUCACCUCUCUGGAAGUGCUUUCAAUGCUCAUAGCAAGCUACCUCUAUGUGCUUUGCCAGGCCCUUGACCUGCGCGCACUCCAGAUUGAGCUUCAAGCAGGUAUCGAUGCCAUCACCCGCCUGCAACUCUCCCACUUCUUCCAUCCCUACCUCUCUGCCCACCAACUGGACAAGCUCUUCACACUCGUAUCACGAGCGAUGGACAGGACACUCGAAACCACGAGCACCAUGGACGCCGGCCCUCGGAUGCACAAGGUGUCAGGAGCAGGCGUGACGCCUAUCGUGGAGUUCUGCUCUGCGGAUCCUGCAUUGGUACCGGCGUUGGCGAAGAUCGCGGAAUUCCGUACGGAGGUGGCGAAGCAGUGCACGAUGCUAUUGGAGCGGCUGAGGGUGGAGUAUUUGGGUGGCGCGAAGGGUGUUGCUCCUGCUUCUCUGUACUUGGGUCGCACCAGACCAGUGUAUGAGUACGUGCGGGUGACACUCGGCGUGAAGAUGCAUGGGUCGGAGAACCUUCAUCGGUUCGAGCAGGGUCCGGGCGUGGAAGAGGUGUCGCUCGGUCAGAACAUUUCUCUUAUCUAUGAGGCUAUUCGCGACGGCAAGAUGCAAGAUGUAAUUGUUGGGCUUUUUGAUGCAUAGUUUGUUGAAUCUUAGAUACAUUGUACAUUGGACACUUAGCCGUUGAACAUUAAGUAGAUGUAGAAUGUCUUAUUUAUUGUACUCUUAACAGUGUUAUCAAUAGAACAAUCCACUGUAUUUUUGCAUGACUGUGUUGUGCUCUGUGGUUUG